GCAAGAGUCUUGCACUCUCUUGCUUGCUUGCUAGUGUUCCAAGUCCAAACUCCAAAGGCCCUUUCUUUCACUCUCUCAUCUCACAUAUAUAUACCCCCUCCCACCAACUCUCUCUUUUCUUCUUCACACUCUAAACCCUUCAAACCUUGUUUCUCUCUCUCAAUUCUUUCUUGUUAUUAUUGUUCUCUCAGCUUACUUUAAUAAUGUCUCGCCUUGCUUUCUUCCUCCUCGCCGCCUUACUGGCUACCGUCUGUGUUGGUCAAGCCCCAUCACAAGCACCCGCUCACGCUCCACGCGCCACCCCUAAAACCUCUCCGUCUCCCAAGGCUGCUCCUCCCACCGCCCUCUCCCGGCGCCGCCACUGUCCCCACCGCAGCUAACGGCCCCUCCAUUGGCCUUCCACCGGCUUCCGGCCCCGGUUCUUCCACUACUAAGAACGCCGCUCCACUCCGCACAGUCUCCGUCGCCGGAUCUGUGGUCGCCGCUGCAGUUGUCAUGCUUGUGAUGUAGAUCUGAAACCUUAGUUUCUGUGUAUGGUUAGGGCAUGGUUCUUCUUAGUGUUACUGUUAUUCAGUUCGAGAUUAUGUUCAGUUCGAUUUAGAUACAUUAUUAUUGGACAUUAGUUUUUUUUUAAAUAUUUUUUUAGUAUUUAAUAUUUUGAUUAUGAUUUGUGUUUAGUCAUGGACGUUGAUGACAGUGAUAUGUUCGAGAUCUUCUGUUUUAGGGUUUGAAUGAUUUGGAUAGCUUCAUUCACUUUAGACUAUUAUUAUUAUUAUUAUUAGCAUUUUAUUCAUGGUGGAUCGUCGUUAUUAUAUAUUAUUCUAUUAUUUACAUACCUAAUUUAAUUUGUGUUACCGAUCUGUUCCGAUGGUCGCAAAUAAAAUCCUUCAUUAUCGGAAGAUAGAGAGAUUUAUUGUUUUUAGUAUAUAGGAGUGAGUGCGUGCGCGAGACACAGAGGAUCUGAUCUGAGUAAACAAAGGAAGAGGUAGCAACUAAUGAAGAAAGGAAGCAACAAAUUCUUGUCGUGUUUUGUGGCUCUGUUAACACGGGCCAUCCACAGCUGGCUUUACCAAUUUCCUUUUUCUUUCUUUUUUGUUAAAUUUU